UCAGUUUCUGUUUGUGCUGCAGUUCGUAACGUCUGUUAUUACUUUACCUGCAUAUUAAUUUUAACAUUGGUCAGCUAUACGCAUAUUGUGCGCCAUAUAAACCAUUAAUCCAGAGAUCACCUAAAACAUCCUCCACGAAGGGAUUCCUCCUUUAAGCAGAUAUAGAUAACCAUGGACAAAAAGAGUUCAACUGAAAGUGAAGAAAAUGAAGAAUGUUCCGUAAGAGAAGAAACCCAGGCAGAAGAACAAUCUCCUAAGGACGUGAAAGAAGAAACUGAAAUUUCAAAACUGAACCCAAGACAAGAUGAUGAGUUUCCCAUGACAGCUGCUAGGUCUGCUGAUGCUAAUCAGAUAAAUAGUACAACCAUACUACCUGAGGAAGUCCAAAGUAACAUUGUCAGUGAAAAUUUUCUUCCGGUAUCAAUGGAAAGCUUAGACCUGCCUCUAGGAGAAGUUCAAUCCAUCAACAAAGCAGAAGGAAGAAGUGUUACAAAUGACCAGAGUCUUCUGAUAAAACAACCUAUUGCAAAAACAACAGAAAAUACUUUGCAAAAUCCCUCUGGAUCAGAAGUACUUCACUUCUCACCUUACAAACCUCAUAGAGAAACAAAGGCAGAAGAACCGCCUGGCCAAUCUAAGUCACCAGAAGUUGCAUUAGAUGGCAAUUCAAGCAUUCAUAGCUCAGAAGCAUCUUGUUCGUGGAUGGUAAAAAUACCGGAGAAAGAUGCAAAACGUGGGACAGAUUCCCUUUGGCUAAGAGGUAUCCCAGAUCCUCGGAAGAAAUCUGACAAAAGCCACGAAAUUAAAAUCGAUAUAAAGAAAUUAAUGUCGAAACGGAAGUUAUUGCAAAAAUAUGCUAUUCCUCCAACCCCCAACAAUUCAGAUGAUGAAAUGCAUGUAGCAGGAGAAGAUGCUCGAGCAUCGGAAAGUUCAAACCGCUUUGUACAGCUCAAAUAUCCAUUACAUCUGCCUACAGGGGAUGUUUUCCCAAACACCUCUGAUAAAAUUCGCGUUUCAAAUUCACAAUUUAUUUCAAGACUUGGUACAGAUGCAGACUCAUCUCAAGUGAAGGGAAAUGCUGGAUGCUCUGAAGAGACGAAUAAUAGAUCUGAAAAACGCAAACGAAAGCCGUAUUUCGAAACCGAAGAAGAAAAUGAAAGUGAAGAUUCUAAAGCCAUUAAAUCAACUACAGUUUCUUCAAGUCCAACAAGCUGUGUCCAUGUAAUGAAAUCUGGCAGUUCGAGCGCGGUUUCUUGUCUGAAAGCUUCCAAUGACCAAACUGCACCUAAAACGUCUGAAAGAAAAGGGGCUGAUUCAUUUGAGACCCCCUUGUCAACGACGUCUUCUCGAAUCACUUCUCGUCAUCAGAGAUCUUUGUCUGGUCCAGAAGCUGAAUCGCCCUCUAAAUAUGAAGCUGAAGGUAUAAAAAAGCCGAAAUUAUCUGAACAUUCUUCUGAGGAAGGUUCAAACAGAUCAAGCAAAAUUCUUCCUCCCCAGAAAGCUUCAUCAACUCCUCCUAUUUAUAUUAAAAAAAAAGCAAAUUAGCCUCCUUUGCAUAUCUCUUCCAUGUACGCCAAGCCGAAUUUCAAUAAAAAAAUCACCAACAUUACGUAGAAAAGAUGUGGAAGAAAUCAAAAGUUUCUCUUCAGAAAGUCUUUCAGCUCAUUCGGGACAGAAAAGAUGGGAAAGGAGGCUUUCCAUAACCUUUUCUCCACCCACUCAAAAUCAAAGCUCCAGUGUUGAUUUCCCAACACAUAGGACAAAUGGGGAAGAAAGUGAAGCGCAAGCAGAUAAAAAUCAGUUGGGAAAUUCAUAUACCGUGCUUAAACUUCCGACUGCAUCAAAUUCGCAACGCCAAAUCCAACCAGGGACGAAUCCACGUAUUAUCAGAUUACAAGCUGUGAAGCUCUGCAGCCCUGUGUUUUUAGAAAGACCCAGCUCCUCCUCCACAUAGCCAAAAAUGCCAUCAGAUUUUCUUGAAGACCAAAAACAGUCAGGAGAUGAAAUAACAGCUAAUGAAAUUAGGAACCCAAAUGAUUCAACAAGAGCAUCAUUUGAAAAGGAAACAGAAUAUGGGCAAUUAGUAAUAGCAGAAGAUAACAGCGAAGAUGAUCGAGCAGAUAUUGAACGUUCAGUAACGAUUUUAUAUCGUCCAUAGAACUGGGGACGCUCAUUCAGUAACCAAAAAAUGCAGAAACCACAGUGACGCGAGAUAUGGCGAAAGUUCACAAGUGAUGGAACAAGGAAUGGACUUCGAACACGGAAUAACCGAAGACAAAUCAGAAAUGGCAAAAGAUAGGAAGCAGGAUGCAUUAACGCAUAGGAACAUUUCAGCAGUGACUUCAUCUGAUCUUGAAAUUACAAAUCCCAAGUCGGAUAUUGCUAAAGGUAGAAGCCAAGAUAAUAUAUCAUCUAUCGAAAAUUCAGGAAGGGCUUUAGUCAACGCACAAACCAUAGGUGUUUAUUCGGAAAUCGAUAAAGUUAAGAAUCAAUUUCGUCAUAGUACAAAGAAAGAAUAGUGACUUUUUUUCGGGAGGCAGAUUUCUAAUAAAAAAAUAUACGGAUGAUAGGAAUUCUAAAUUGCAACUGUUUACAUUUCAUAAUUGGAUGAAAGAGAAAAAUGUAUACAUCGGACAUUGCUAUUGAAAAAGCUCGAUUAAAAAAAUAAUCCUUAUUUUCAUCUGUAUAUAUGUGCAUAAAUUAUUUAAAUUAGUUUUAAAUAAAACUUCUGAAUUUUAGAAUUAUGCAAUGUUUUGACAUUUAGUCGCUAACUUUAUAUUCUUCUGGAUUCUUUGAGGUAAAUACUUUAAUCAAACGUAAGCUAUAGUCAAGGCAUGAACAUAUUUUAAUAAAAUCAGAUAUAUAAAGAAAACAAACAUUCAUACUCGAAAUAGAAAUCUUUAUAGUUUCCGUAUGUGGUUCUGUCUAAAACAAAGCAAUAUUUGAUACUUAUUUUGAAUUCGGAAUUGGUCCUUUACGAAUAGUCAAGCGUGAACAUUCCUUCCAACAUUAACUGCUGUAGAUAUUAUUUUUCUUGAUAUAUAUAAUAUUUUUACAGCAUUCAUCAAGAACUUUACAUUCUGUAUUCCUUACAAAUCUGAUCUUUAUGUAAACUUCAGAUGCUUGCCUUCCGACAUUAAAGGACUCCAGGAGUUUUUUAACAGCAAACUUCUCUUUAAGACUCCAAACUCCUAUUUAAGGAAACUACCCAGAGAAUAAACCGCGCUCCAUUAUCGCUUCCCUGACCAAUGACAAUAGUUAACCCCCCUCCCCAAUUCCUAUGAUGGCAACUGAAAGCAAAGACGUGUUGCAUCAGGAGAUCCGUGCUGCCUAGUUAUGUCCCCCGCAAUAAAAAUUUUGUGUUUAAUUAAUCGGUAGCAAAAUUUCUAAUUUUGUGUAAUUAAAAAUGUGAUCACCAUAUGAAAUGUUGCAAUACACACGUAUAAAAAUGAAAAAUAUAAUAAAUAUUAUUACAAAGCAAAUUAAAAAAUUAUUA